AUGAAGAAAAGUAAGGUAAAUGAAACCGAGUUGAAGGAAAGUGAGACAGAUGAAGAUGAGUUGAAUGAAAGUGAGGCAAAUAAAACUGAGGAAAAUCAUGAUAAUGUGCAUGGGGGUGGUGAGGUGCAUGAUGAUGUUAGUUCUAAUGACACUAAGGAUGAGAACUAUAAUUAUGAUAGUGCUUUGGAGAUAACAUUUAAUGAUGAAUUUUAUGAGUAUGAUGAUGAAUUGGUUGAAGAAGAUGAAAUGGAUAAUAUAAUUGACUAUGUACAUGAAGACGAUCAAGAGGGAAACAACAAAAACGAGAAAGAAAAGUGGGAAGAAAACAAGGAAGAAUUUAAAGGGAGUGAUAAUGAGAGUGACGAUCUAGAAAGUGGAUGUGAGAGUGAUGAUAGUAAUGGAGCUAGGAAAAAUAAGUACCCUAUGUUCAAGUAA